UGCCACUCACAGUCCCCGCGCGCAGCUCGGAGCCGGAGAGAGCGCAGGAAGCAGGGAAGCGCUCGGAGCCUGGGCCAGCAAAGGGGGCGCCCAGUCGCUGCCUGCACUGCCCUGGCUGAUCGUCUCAGCCGCUCUCUGGGGCCCAGAGAGGAGCUAAAGCUAGUCUGGGAGUCUAGGAGCCGAGCCGGCGAGACACUACUGCUGAGGGCGCCAGCUCCACUUCGCCGCCUUUUGCUCCGGAGCCGGGAAUCUCUCGCUGACCGCCCCGCCGGUCGGAGAGCGGCGAGCACUGGUCCUUGCAGCCCCAGGGAUGGUCUAGGAGCUGGCGCGAGGCUAACUGCUUUGCUCUCUGCUGGGGCUUGCCGCCUCCUGCCGAUCUCCGGAGGUUGCGCGCCUGGGCGGCCCAGGCCGGAGAAGUUAGUUGUGCGCGCCGCUUAGUGCGCAGAGCCAGCGAUCUUGCGAGCGAGCGAGCCAGUAAAGGGAGCCGCGAGGCGAAGGGACCAUGGGCUGGGGGGGCCGCUGCUGCUGCCCGGGACGGCUGGACCUGCUGUGCGUGCUGGCGCUGCUCGGGGGCUGCCUACUCCCCGUGUGCCGGACGCGCGUCUACACCAACCACUGGGCAGUCAAAAUCGCCGGCGGCUUUCCGGAGGCCAACCGCAUAGCCAGCAAAUACGGAUUCAUCAACAUAGGACAGAUUGGGGCCCUGAAGGACUACUACCACUUCUACCAUAGCAGGACGAUUAAAAGGUCAGUUCUCUCGAGCAGAGGAACCCACAGUUUCAUUUCAAUGGAACCAAAGGUGGAAUGGAUUCAACAACAAGUUGUGAAAAAACGAACAAAGAGGGACUAUGACCUCAGCCGUGCCCAGUCUACCUAUUUCAAUGAUCCCAAGUGGCCAAGCAUGUGGUAUAUGCACUGCAGUGACAACACACAUCCCUGCCAAUCAGAUAUGAAUAUUGAAGGAGCCUGGAAGAGAGGAUACACAGGAAAGAACAUUGUGGUGACCAUCCUGGACGAUGGCAUUGAGAGAACCCAUCCUGAUCUGAUGCAAAACUAUGAUGCUCUGGCAAGUUGUGAUGUGAAUGGGAAUGACUUGGACCCAAUGCCUCGUUACGACGCAAGCAAUGAGAACAAGCAUGGGACCCGCUGUGCUGGAGAAGUGGCAGCCGCUGCAAACAACUCUCACUGCACAGUUGGAAUUGCUUUCAACGCCAAGAUCGGAGGAGUACGAAUGCUGGAUGGAGAUGUCACAGACAUGGUAGAAGCGAAAUCAGUUAGCUUCAAUCCCCAGCAUGUGCAUAUUUAUAGUGCCAGCUGGGGACCAGAUGAUGAUGGCAAGACUGUGGAUGGACCAGCUCCCCUCACCCGGCAAGCCUUUGAAAAUGGCGUCAGAAUGGGGCGGAGAGGCCUUGGCUCUGUGUUUGUCUGGGCAUCUGGCAAUGGUGGAAGGAGCAAAGACCACUGCUCCUGUGAUGGCUACACCAAUAGCAUCUAUACCAUCUCCAUCAGCAGCACAGCAGAGAGUGGAAAGAAACCUUGGUACCUGGAAGAGUGUUCAUCUACACUAGCCACAACCUAUAGCAGCGGAGAGUCCUAUGACAAGAAAAUAAUCACGACGGAUCUAAGGCAACGAUGCACCGACAAUCACACUGGAACAUCGGCCUCAGCCCCCAUGGCUGCAGGCAUCAUUGCACUGGCCCUGGAAGCCAAUCCGUUUCUGACCUGGAGAGACGUACAGCAUGUUAUUGUCAGGACUUCCCGUGCGGGACAUUUGAACGCUAAUGACUGGAAAACCAAUGCUGCUGGUUUUAAGGUGAGUCAUCUCUAUGGAUUCGGACUGAUGGAUGCGGAAGCCAUGGUGAUGGAGGCAGAGAAGUGGACCACUGUUCCCCAGCAACACAUGUGUGUGGAGAGCACAGACCGGCAAAUCAAAACAAUUCGCCCCAACAGUGCAGUGCGCUCCAUCUACAAAGCCUCAGGCUGCUCUGACAACCCCAACCACCACGUCAACUACCUGGAGCACGUAGUUGUGCGCAUCACUAUCACUCACCCCCGGAGGGGCGACCUGGCCAUCUACCUGACCUCGCCUUCAGGAACCAGAUCCCAGCUUCUGGCCAACAGGCUAUUUGAUCAUUCCAUGGAAGGAUUUAAAAACUGGGAGUUCAUGACCAUUCACUGCUGGGGAGAACGAGCUGCUGGUGACUGGAUCCUUGAAGUUUAUGAUACUCCUUCCCAACUGAGAAAUUUCAAGACUCCAGGUAAAUUGAAAGAAUGGUCUUUGGUCCUCUAUGGCACAUCGGUGCAGCCAUACUCCCCAACCAACGAGUUUCCUAAGGUGGAGCGUUUCCGCUAUAGCCGAGUCGAAGACCCUACAGAUGACUAUGGUGCAGAGGAUUAUGCAGGUCCCUGUGAUCCUGAGUGCAGUGAGGUUGGCUGUGAUGGGCCAGGACCAGACCACUGCAAUGACUGUUUGCACUACUACUACAAGCUGAAAAAUAAUACCAGGAUCUGUGUCUCCAGCUGUCCCCCGGGCCACUACUACGCAGACAAGAAGCGAUGCCGAAAAUGUGCGCCCAACUGUGAGUCCUGUUUCGGGAGCCAUGGUGAUCAGUGCCUCUCCUGUAAAUAUGGGUACUUCCUGAAUGAAGAAACCAACAGCUGUGUUAUUCACUGCCCUGAUGGGUCAUAUCAGGACACCAAGAAAAAUCUUUGCCGGAAAUGCAAUGAAAACUGCAAGACAUGUACUGAAUCCCAUAAUUGUACGGAAUGCAGGGAUGGGUUAAGCCUGCAGGGAUCCCGGUGUUCUGUCACCUGCGAGGAUGGACAGUACUUCAACGGCCAGGACUGCCAGCCCUGCCACCGCUUCUGUGCCACCUGUGCUGGGGCAGGAGCUGAUGGCUGCAUUAAUUGCACAGAGGGUUACUACAUGGAAGACGGUAGAUGCGUGCAGAGCUGUAGUAUCAGUUACUACUUAGAGCACUCUUCAGAAAAUGGAUACAAAUCCUGCAAAAAAUGCGAUACCAGUUGUUUGACAUGUAAUGGCCCAGGGUUCAAGAACUGUACCAGCUGCCCAAGUGGGUAUCUCUUAGACUUAGGAAUGUGUCAAAUGGGAGCUAUCUGCAAGGAUGCAACGGAAGAGUCCUGGGCCGAAGGAGGCUUCUGUAUGCUUGUGAAAAAGAACAAUCUGUGCCAACGGAAGGUUCUUCAACAACUUUGCUGCAAAACAUGUACAUUCCAAGGCUGAGCAGCCAUCUUAGAUUUCUUUGUUCCUGUAGACUUAUAGAUUAUUCCAUAUUAUUAAAAAGAAAAAAAAAAGCCAAAAAAAAAAAAAAGCAAGCCACCUCUCUCUUUCUUGCUCUUUUUUUUUUUCUUUCUCUCCUCUCUCUCUCUCUCUCUCAAGUUUGUGCAGGGAGAUGGUGAACUGUUUUGUCAGAACUUAAAUGGAAAAAAAAUAAUAAACCAACAACAAGCCUACCUUUUAUAACUGGGUGUUUAGUGUUUAGUACUAAACAGCCAGAACCACAGAGACAGUAUUGUAUGACCAAAGUAUUUGAUGCCAAAAUUUGACGUUCAAGUAAUGAUUUGAUUUCCUGCCCUGGGUUUGAAGGUCCAUUUUUUUUUUCCUUUUGCCUUGAGUUGCUUGUUUCCCCUUUGAGAUGCUUAAAAAGAUUUUUCCAAAAUAUCACAAGAGCAUAUGUAGAUCAAAAGGAAAAAGAAAGCUCUCUCAUCCGUCAUUUUGCAUACUUGAGCCCACCAUUGGGAGAAAGGACAGGAAACUGGACCUGAGGGCAGUAAGAACAUCCUCCAGAGUUAGGUUUGGUGUUUGUCUUAGUAUUUCACAGUUCAGCAUUGAUGCUUUCCACACCUAAUUUACUUGGUGCGUUAUGUACUGGUUUUUGCAUUUUACUCACUUGAUAAGUCUGCUCCACUGGUUUCAUCGAUAGACUUGCUGCUACUGGCUUUUCCAUUGUAGAUUAGGUUAUUUUAUACACAGCUGGUCAAAUAGGAUCGUUCUGUACAGUCAAAUUGGCGAUGGAAACAAUGCAGAGGUACAAGAAAGAGCUGAGACUGACCCAGCUCCCCUGAAAUUCAGAGUGUUCAUUUUGUAGACCCUGCACAAUCUCUUGGUGCUAUCUAGCCAUUAUCCAUAGCAUUUUUUUUUCUCCAAAGGCCAUCAGAAAUUCCAUUUGUCAUAGUGGGAAGCAUUUUGGGUAUGGUGCAGGAAAUUUCUUCCUGGAGUCAAAAGUUUCUAAGAGGUCCUGUAUUUUUUAAGAAAUGGAAUUUAUUUAAAUAAUAUUUAAGCUCGUGCUCAUGUUGGCCGGGCAAUGUUUUUCAAUGGUGCUUAUUAGAAGUUUUUUCAUCUUGUCAUUUUAAGAAAAUAAAACUGGAAAUUGAAUAUGGGUGGCAUGAUUGUCCCCUCCUGGUUCUGUAUUUUCUCACUUUUCUGUCCUUCUAUAACCAGGCCAUGCACUUACACACCUGCCCACUGAAUGUUAUUGAGAUCAUCUGGGUUUUUUGGUUUUGGGUUUUUUUCUUUUGCAAGUGUGGAUUUAGAAACUUCUUCACUGCUUCUCUGUGACUCCAUAAACAUUUCAUGGAAUCUAGCAGAUGGAACUAUAAGAAAAAUGCUUCAGAUCAUUGAUCAGAAAUGAGGAAACCUGAUAAAUUUUUUCAUAAUUUCUCUGUUUGGGGAAGGGCAGACCCAUAAUAAGUUUCUUUAUUUUUCCUAACAAAGUUCCAUUGGUGACCUCAUUUGUUUUGGGAGUGACCAGCCAUCUUGCAGGUUUUCAGCUUUUGAGAGCUUUAUUUCCAAGAUGCCGCUGGCUUCACAACUGAGAAGAGGAAUUGUUUCAAUAUAGAUGAUCCUGGGUAGGAGCUGGGAAUGAUGCUAAGCUCCCAAUCCAAGCAGCAAGCUGGUAAAAAGCCUGCCUUGAAAAUAUUCCUAGACAUCUGAGUUAACUUCCAACCCAAAGCGAAUGAAUGACACAUGAAUAGACUAAUGACCCUCUUUCUAGCAUUGUAGCUAUACCGAGUCACAUAAUAAUUCAUAAGUAACUAGGAAACCAACUGAUCUUGCUGAACAACUUUCCUCCUUACAACACUGCAGGCCCUUCUGACACAGAACCAAAGUUGACUCUGGGUAGAGCAUAUAGUUAGUUUUCACACUUAAAGGCACAGUCUUUAAGUGGAGAAGUGGCAAUGCAAGCCUAAAGCAAGCUCAAGCAGAUGGCAAAACCAGAUUCGCCUGCAAGGGGAUCCAGCUAAUUGAAUUAACCCAUACUAUUUAAGGCCCAUGGUCACUAUGAUAGAAAAGAUAAAAAGGAUAUCUGUGUUCUUAGACAAAUAGCCAUCAACAUGAAAGCCAAGUUCACUGGGGUCCACCAGCGCACGCUCCAUUUCCCACUGGUGGCCGGUGCACAUCAUGGAAAUACCCGUUUAACUACUAGUGUGUUACUGCCUCGUUUAUCUACAUAACAUUAUUAACUAGAACAUAAUGCUUUCAAAAUUUAAGUUAAUGUUAUAUAUUAUGUAUAAAUAUAUAUAUUCAUAAUAAGAUAUAUGUAAUGGAUAGUACAAAGUUUGGAGAAAUGACAAAUGCGCUAAACUUCUAGAGACAAGCCCUAUCUUCUGUUCUCUUUUGUCUUUUUUAUUUUUAAUUCACUAAUUAAAAGUGACCCAUUGUUAAAUCCAAAUCCACUUUACUGAAAAAUACUGUACAUGUGUAAAAUGUUCAGUUGUUUUUUUGUAAAAUAUAGUAGAAUGGUUGUAAUUGAUACUGGCCAAAAUCAAUGUUAUUCCAUAUUUUAUUUUUUCUAUUAAAUUAACCUAAGUUCCUGUUUA